AUCCCUUCGCCCUCAAAAAGCAGUCCUUGAGCAUGUAAUUUAACAGAUUAAUGGCAGCUGGCUUCCUCGGAUCGUUUCUGUGAUUAUCUGUCUCUUUAUCGGUAUACCUGCCGUAACUUAAAUCCCUCUCUCUUUCACAGACCAUUUAUUUAUUCUUCUCUCACCAAAGUCAGCACAAUAUACUGGAAAUUCCACGAACUUGAGCCUUGUGCUUUGUUUUCUAUCGAUACAAUAUCCAGAAACCGACCGCUGGGACUUGGAGCCGUCGGGCAUCCCAAAUUAUCGAUCUAUCCAUAAUCUGCAAACAGUAGGGCUGUGUGCGAACCGUCCCUCCGUUACUACGACUGCUAUCAACAUGAACUUUCCAAGACAUGAUAUGCCAGGCAUGGAUAUGGGCGGCGACUCAUCCGGCUCCUCAUCAUCCUCCCACGGGUCAAGCAUCAUGACCAUGGUCUUCCAAACCGAAACCCGCACGCCGCUCUACGCCAACUCGUGGACACCGAAUAGCGCAGGUUCCUACGCAGGAACAUGUAUUUUCCUCGCUGUGCUUGCCAUUAUUGCGCGGGCCCUCGUCGCUUUCAAAGCUGUCCAGGAAGCUCGCUGGCUUGAUCGCGAAGCUGCACGCCGUUACGUGGCUGUCAAUGGCAAGAUCCCCUUGUCGGAGCAGAUAGCCUCUAGCCCCGACGCGCGCCGCAUGACCCUCUCGGAGAACGGUCUCGAGGAAACCGUCGUCGUUGUGGAAAGGAAACGAGCAGCGAUGAGGCCGUGGAGGUUCAGUGUUGAUCCGGUUCGGGCAUCUCUUGAUACCAUGAUCGUCGGGAUUGGAUAUCUCCUCAUGUUGGCCGUUAUGACGAUGAAUGUCGGCUACUUCCUCUCCGUCCUGGCUGGUGUCUUUGUUGGCAGCCUAGCAGUCGGUCGAUACAUACCAACAGUUGAGCAUUAGAGACAUACUCAGAGCUUCGGCAGCAAAUGAUAUUAGAUGAAGUCGGUAGCACCACUAGGCGGUAAUUCUCGCAAUGGAAUGGGCGGCGUUCAGGUUUUCGAUCGAAAUCAGCAUGACACGAGCACGCGACCAAGUUUAUAUGACAGCAUUCAAUAAAGGUCACCAGGUGUUUCCGUCUCUCGUUUAUAUUGAUGUUCUUUGCUAUGCUUUCAGUCGCCUGCGUUAGUACUUCAGUUGUCG